GAGGACGUACUCCAGUCACACUGACUAUAGAGGAACCUCGUAAAUUUUGUGUCUUGCUUAUUUAUUCCACUGCACACACCGUCGAUUUCACAACACUUUUUGAAUUAUUAUUUUUUUAAUUAAAAGAACUAAAAAUAAGAGGCGUUUUGACAGACUUAAAAUACCUCUUUUCCUCCCCUUCCUCUUCUCUUCCAUGGCGACUGCAAUGCUGCCAAUAUCCGAGCCCGCCAGAAAGCAACCCCGACCGGGUCGGGGCGGAUUCAAUGCCCAUGGACCAUCCGAAAAAGAGGCCCGGGUUCAAGCCAUCGCCGAAAUCGUCAGCUCCAUGGUCGACCUCUCCCGGAAGGGCCAAAACGUCGACCUAAACGGCCUCAAGACCACCGCGUGCCGCAAGUACGGCCGUUCACGUGCCCCCACAUCGCCAUCACCGGGAAUAUUUGCGUGUACUGCCCCGGUGGUCCCGAUUCGGACUCUGAGUACAGCACUCAGUCUUACACUGGAUACGAGCCUACUAGCAUGCGCGCAAUUUGGGAAAGAUACAACCCAUAUGUCCAGGCUAGAAGCAGGAUAGAUCAGCUGAAGACAUUGGAUCACAGUGUAGACAAGGUUGAGUUCAUCUUAAUGGGCGGUACUUUCAUGUCGUUGCCCGCGGAUUACCAUGAUUACUUUAUUAGAAAUCUGCAUGAUGCGUUAUCGGGACACACUUCUGCCAAUGUUGAAGAGGCAGUUGCCUACUCUGAGCAUGGUGCUACUAAAUGUAUUGGAAUGACCAUUGAAACUUUCCAGUUCAUCUGGUUGGUCCAGAAAGUUAACGAAGGUAGUUGUAACUUUUUAUUCUGCCGGAGGCCAGAUUAUUGCCUUGGACCUCACUUGAGACAAAUGCUUUCUUAUGGUUGUACAAGACUAGAAAUUGGAGUUCAGAGUACAUACGAGGAUGUGGCUCGGGACGCCAAUAGAGGUCAUACCGUAGCUGCAGUGGCUGAUUGUUUUUGCUUGGCAAAGGAUGCUGGUUUUAAGGUCAGCCUAGUACCUCACAGAUUUUGGACCUUUUAUAUCAUAAAACUCACUUACCUUCACCAUGGGAAAAGAAAGGAUUUUGGACCUUUUAUAUGUACAGUGACAGGAGAUUAAUCUUUCAUCAAAACAAUUUGUGAGCCUGGAUAUAUUUUUCAAAUUAUUGUGCUCUCCCAUAAUUCAGCGUGAAUAUUUUAUCAUAAUCUAGUUGGUUUUGGUAUUACCAUUCACUUUGUCUAAGUUCAAGAAGAAGCAUUUGUUUGUAAUUGUAUGACCGUAAUCUUUAUGAACUGCAAUAUUAAAAGCCUUGAGGACUGUUUACAAUAUG